CUCCUCCUCCUCCUCCUCCUCCUCCGGCGGCCCGGCGACGAUUUUGCCUCCCCCCCGGGCGGCCCGGCGACGAUUUUGCCGACGAGAUCGCCGAGCUGGCAGCGGGCCGCUGCCAGCUGUCGGCGGCAAGCACGGAGCGCCUGGCCCACGUCGAAGCCGAAGCCGCGGCGGCGGUGAUGGAGCACUGCGCCGAGGUUGACGCCCUUGGGCCUGGUGAUCGGGAGCGUGCUCCACCACCGCCCCGCCUGACCAGCCUCCAGCGCACCGUGCUCGCCUCCCGCCAACUACUCAGACGGGGGAAGGCGUUCGAGGCGUUUGGCCUGGCGGCUGCACUGACUGCGCUGACUCUGGGGCGGGGGGCCGACAGGAUAUCGACGCCUGGUUGGCCUCCCCCUGCUUGGCGGAGGGCGCGCGACAGGCAUGGGUCCACGGGUCGGGUGCCGCGCGCGACACAUCGCGCUGAGGCCCGCCCAGACAUCCCUAUCCUGCACUGCACCUGCUCUGGGGUGGUGACGGCCCGCGGGGAGGGGCGCUGCGGAGGCUUGCCCACCCCAGCCGCCCCCAUCGGCAAAGCGGGCCGCACCAACCUCAGGAUGAUAACCCGAGGAGAGCGCGGCCUGCCCGCGCAGCAGGCCCGUACGCGCGGAACGCUUCGCGCGGACUGCCGGGCGGGCGACGGGGGCCCGACGGGCCAUCCAAUUUUUGUCCUCCCUGGACAUUGUCCUCCUCCCCCGAGGCUGCGCGCGCUCCUCCUCAUGAUUCUCCUCCCUCUCCUCCUCCACCUUUUCUUCCUCCUCCUCCUCCUCCUCCUGCCCCUCCUUCUCGUCCCCCUCCUAAUCAUCCUGGACAUCCUCAUCUCCUGCUCAGCAACUGGAUGCAACUGGCCUUCUGUCGCCAGCCAGCGCGCAGGAUGAUAAGGCCGACCGGUGCCAGCCGGCGCCUGCGGCCUCGCCUUCCCCCUCCCUCGGCCUGGCAGGCAGCGAGCGCGGUCUGGAAUCCUUGGACGCAGGCUUCGUCGUUUCAUUGGGAUUCUUGGGACGCGUCUUCCGCGAGGGGCCAGAAGUUUUAAGCUUCGCCGGUUUUCGAACAUGCCCCGCCCAUCCGGGGGGGCACCAGCUGUAAUGGGGCGUCCCAAAAAGCGGCCUCGCACCCAGGGGAGACGUGAGAGGGGGCAUGCCUUCGCAGAAGGCGGCGGGGCUUCUUUGUAGCCCGUGCGCCGUCUGAGCAGCCUGUCUUCGGAGGCGGCUCGGAAAGCUUCUCGGAAUGCCGGGGGCCUCCUGAGCCUUGUGAGAAUCGGGCGGCCAAUGGAUGGGUACGGUGCCCAACAGCAGUUCGUGCUCCUUCUGAACGGGGCUCGUGGUGCGCGCCGCCGCGGCCUUGGCUCUCCGCAGACGGAGAGGCCCCCCCGCCCAGCAGCGGCCGCUGUGUCGGUCUCGGACAGCAUCCGUGGGUUGGACAUGGGGCCCGUCUUUUGCCCGUACACGCUGGUCGUUGGAAACGUAGGUAUUUUUCUGGAAUCCCAGAUCCCAAUCUAUCGGAGGUGGAUAGACCUCCUACCCUGAC